AUGCCUCUUAUGCUGGACAAUGCCAUGAACGGUGGUCCCAUGCAAGUUGAUCAGCUCGACGUCGAUGACCUGUUCGGUGACGGGGUCGGCGUCGGCGUUGGCGUAGGAGUUGGCGUUGGCGUUGGCCUGUCUCUCCAAACCGCCCGCCCCCCCUCCAAGCAGCUGCGCCAGAGGAUAGAUGAACUGCGAACUCGUGGCUGUUGCCAGGGAGUAGCCUGGUCGAGAUCUGGCGCCAUCGCCUCCGUCUCUCCAGAUGGCAGGUCGCUGGAAACCAGGUUUCUGCGUUCUCACCCCGACAAUGGCGAAUGGGGCCUCAGCGAGCCCACAAAGGUUGAACUCGUCAGCACGAAUCCAUCGAGCCCUAUUGUUCAUCUUGCUUGGGCGUCGACCGCGAGCCCCGAGCUGGCUGUCAUCGACGCAGCAGGGCGGGUUUCAAUACUGACCUACUCCAUCAACCUAAACCGACCCUUUGCCACUCGGAAAUGGGACCACGAGCCAUGCGACGACCUUCACGCUGUCGUUGGUUGUUACUGGCUUGCCUUGGCCCCUCAAAGCAAGCAGUACUACGUGUGUCAUGGACCAGCCGUCAAGGAUGGAAAUCAGUAUCGAUACGAGAGCUCUUUCGUCCAUGCGUAUGGCCCUUGGCACCCCAAUCAGUCAAAGAGUGCUUUGCUGUGCGUCACAGCAAACGGUGAUUUGAAGAUGUUCUGGGCCCAGAACAACAACAAGAUUGAAGAGACAACCUUGGAGCUCGAGAGCAUCAACUCAUCUGACGACUUGAUCACACAUGCCGCCCUUCACAGCGACAAGAGCUCAUUGUGGGUGGUUCUGGCUACUGCAUCCAAGCAACUGAAAGUUGUGAGGGUGGGCAUACACUGGGGUCUACCGCAGUCACAAUCAGACAACAAGCCACCCCCAGGGAGCCAGCCGCUGAACCCGACAAUGCAAGAAAAGCACGUCGCCAUCUCCAGCUGGUCGCCUGGCGGAUCAAGUACGUCGCCGAUUGACUCCGCCAUGACACAGUUAACACACCUGGAGAUCUUGCCAUCGACUAUGGAUUUGACUGGCCAGGGAUGGGCUCCUCUUGUCAUCCUCGCUGUCCGCACUUACCUGCCAACCCCGAAUACCCCGUACCAAGAAACACAGAGCAUCAUUGACAAAUGGGAGGUCAUCAACGACCAACCCCAAAGUCUGCAUCCUGCCUUUGAGCAGCUGGGAAACCGGAGAAAUAGCACGGGCUCAGCGCCCACACCCAAGCCCACAUCUCGCCUCAAGAAAUACGACCCCGUGGUAAUUAACAAAGCAAUCAUCGGUGUCCAUAGUCUACAAUACGGCAGAGUCGUCUGUCUGGCGUUUAGUGACGGCUCUGUGGAGUACCGCGACCGCUUCACAUUACAGGAAAUCUACAACGAAAUGAACCUGGAGCGCAUCAUGUCUCUCAACCAAGUCGGCUUCACUUUCCAGGAUGAUUCCCCUUCCCAAUACUCCGCAGUGCUGGCGGGCCUGACAGUAGCUGCGUCAACAGCGACUUUCAACAGUAUCAACUACGACGAUAUCCUAGCCGUUGCAAGGCCAUAUGCAGACAAGAAGCGCUUCACCUUCGACUGGAUGAACGAGAUUGUUCGCAUGCUCAAGAUUCCCGUGGAUUACUCUGAAGACACUCAUCACGAUAGUCUCGUCCGGAACAGCUCACUUCAAAUGUGUCUGAGCAUUCUCAACCACUUGGGAUACAAGGGAAUGUUCCAGCCACGCUCCUUUGGCAGCAAAUUUGCGAUGCUAGCUCUCAACGCGCGCAAUGUCGUCAUCCUCAUCACAAUCGCCAGUAACACACCGGUCAACAUCCGCGAGAAGCUUAGCCCCUUGGACGAGCACGAAGUCGUUGAUGCCCUCUCGGGAUGCGCGAAGUGGUCUCUCGACCUGCUCUCGUGGCUCACUGAUUCUCUUUUCGCCCUUCUGGACGAUCCGCAGUUCCUCGCUCUCCUCACCCCACAGCGUUUCUCAGAGAUGAGCGCCUACCUACAGUCCCGCUCUGACGUUUCGCUCCAUCUCCUCCUCUGCUCUUCUACCCGUGGCUUCCUCUCUGCCGUUUGCCGCCGCAUACUUCACCUCGAGAUCCUCUCCAACAGAGCCAUCGAGUUCUACGAGCGUCGAGCUGCGAUUUCAAACGCCAACGACCCCAACGCCGCGACAUCCAAGAACCUCCACACGGUCCUUUACAAGGCAUACCAAAAGAUGCAGCGCGUUACAUCAAGUAGCCUCAUAAAAGUACAAGAGUUCGACCGCCUCCUCACCGUGCUCAAUAACGAUAUCCGCUCGGCCUAUCAGACGUCUCUCGCGGCAUUAGCGAACAAGAACCCCGCCGGCGCUCAGGGGAACCCAAAAGCCAUCGAGCAACAGAUCAAGGGCGCCCAGUUCCACUGCGAGCUCAACAUGCUUCUAGCCUCCUCUCCACCCCCAUCGUUCCUCCAAGUCCUUCUCAAGUUUUUCAACACAGACCUCAAGAACUACCGCGCACAGACCGACCCGUCCAAGCUCUUCUUUGCAGACUUUGACCUCCUCGAGAUUGACGACGACCGCCGCUCUUUGUCAGCCAGGAGGGCGCGGGGCCAGUACAUCGACGCGUUCAAGCGCGUCGAGCUGGUCGGUCCGCCGGUCAGAGGCGCCAAGGAGCUCGAGGAGGCGAAGACGCCGCAGUGGAGGCGUUGUGUACGGUGCGCUGCUAUUAUGGAAGAUGCCUCUGGCUCGAGACCCGGCUUCACGUUCGUCCUGGCGCAGCAGCGGAAGUGCUCUUGUGGUGGACACUGGGCAUUGCUCCCGCGAGGGGCUUUGAUUAGCUAA